UCAUGCUCCUGAACACAUCACAGCAGUGAUCUCGAGCAGCUGGCUCGCGCGUCACCGCUACGGAAAGCGCUUUGGCUCAAACUACCCAAGACCAGCCUGUGCCACGGAGAGCUCCUUCGGACGAUGACAUUCUGCUGUGGCUCAGUAGUGGAGGAGAAAUGUCUUCCAUUUCCAUCUGGAACCACACAACGGCAUUAAUACGAGUAUAGUGCGGCUUUAAUCCCGGUAAAGGACAGACGGAGACCGAAAUCAAUACGACAACCGACAGCCUGGACUGGGCUUUGAGUACAGCGCUGUGAUACGACGUGGUCAACUGAAAAAAGGACACUUUUGUCCGGCUACGAGCCGCGUUUGAGCUCCACGUCCGCCCAGCUCUUUUGGAAGCGGUGUACAUUAGACUUUUAGACUUUUGUGGACAGCUUUUAUCACAGUAAAGUGUCGUUGUCGGAAGCAAUGGCAGGUCGAGGCCGGAGAGCGUGGUUUAGUGUUCUGCUCGGGCUGGUUGUGGGCUUCACGCUGGCCUCCAGACUCAUUUUACCCCGGGCCACUGAGCUGAAGAAGGGUGGACACAAGCGGAGAGUCACCACCGGCGGCUGUGGACUGAACCGCGCCUCCAGAGACGGCUACGGGGGAAUGCUGUGGCCCACAGAGGAGAACAGCUCCGCGGCGACAGAGAAGCCCGCAUCUCGCUCCAACAGCUUCCUGUUCGUGGGGGUGAUGACCGCGCAGAAGUACCUGAACACCAGGGCUGUGGCGGCGCACAGGACCUGGGCUCAGACCAUCCCAGGCCGAGUGGAGUUCUUCUCCAGCGAGGGCUCGGACACCUCCAUCCCCAUCCCCAUCGUGGCCCUGAAGAAUGUGGAUGAUUCGUACCCGCCUCAGAAAAAGUCCUUCAUGAUGCUCAAGUACAUGCACGACCACUACCUGGACCAGUAUGAGUGGUUCAUGCGCGCGGAUGACGAUGUGUACAUCAAGAGCGAGCGCCUGGAGAGCUUCCUGCGCAGCCUCAACAGCAGUGAGGCCAUCUUCCUGGGACAGACGGGCAUGGGUGCACGUGAUGAGCUGGGUAAGCUGGCCCUGGAGCCCGGGGAGAACUUUUGCAUGGGAGGCCCUGGAGUGAUCAUGAGCCGAGAGGUGCUGCGGAGGAUGGUGCCCCACAUCAGGGAAUGUCUGCAGGAGAUGUACACCACCCAUGAGGAUGUGGAGGUGGGGAGGUGUGUGCGGCGCUUCGCAGGGGUCCAGUGUGUCUGGUCCUAUGAGAUGCAGCAGCUUUUCUAUGAAAACUAUGAACCCAACAAGAAGGGCUACAUCCGUGACCUCCACAACAGUAAGAUCCACCGUGCCAUCACCCUGCACCCCAACAAGAACCCGCCCUACCAGUACCGCUUGCACAGCUACAUGCUCAGCCGCAAGAUUGCAGAGCUGCGCCACCGCACCAUCCAGCUACACCGUGAGAUUGUGCAGAUGGGACGCUACGGGGCUGGAGAGGCCAGCCGCGAGGACCUGCAGCUGGGCAUGCCCCCAUCCUUUAUGCGCUUCCACCCCAAGCAGAGGGACGAGGUGCUGGAGUGGGACUUCCUCACAGGAAAGUACCUGUUCUCCGCCGGCAACGGCCUGCCCCCCCGCCGCGGCAUGGACUCAGCCCAGAGACAGGCUCUGGAUGAUAUCAUCAUGCAGGUGAUGGAGAUGAUCAACGCCAAUGCUAAAGCGCGGGGACGGGUGAUUGACUUUAAAGAGAUCCAGUAUGGAUAUAGAAGAGUGAGUCCUCUGUACGGAGCAGAGUAUGUGCUGGACCUGCUGCUGCUCUACAAGAAACACAAAGGAAAGACCAUGACAGUACCAGUGCGCAGGCAUGCGUACCUCCAACAGACCUUCAGCCAGAUCCAGUUCAGAGAGGACGAGGAGAUGGACGCGCACACGCUCUCCAGCCAUAUCAACCAGGAGUCUGACUCUCUAUCCUUCUUGUCAAACUCUCUGAAGAUGCUGGUGCCUUUCAAGCUAACCAGCUCAGGGCAAGACCAGCGAGAGCCCAAGGACAAGAAGGUCAACAUCCUGGUGCCUCUGUCUGGACGCUAUGACAUCUUUGUGCGCUUCAUGGCUAACUUUGAGCGUGUGUGUCUGAUCCCCAAACAGAACGUGAAGCUAGUGGUGCUGCUCUUCAACACAGACAACCCUGAGCGAGUCAAACAGGUAGAGCUGAUGAGAGAGUACCACAUGAAAUACCCGCGUGCCGACAUGGAGGUGCGGCCGGUGGAGGGGUCCUUUUCCAGGGCUGUGGCUCUGGAGAUAGGCGCCUCACACUUCUCCAAUGACUCUCUGCUCUUCUUCUGUGAUGUUGACCUGCUCUUCAACAGUGACUUCCUGAAGCGUUGUCGUGACAACACAGCUCCGGGGGAGCAGACGUACUUUCCCAUCAUCUUCAGUCAGUACGACCCCAAAGUGGUGUACAUCGGCAAGGUCCCCAGCAGCAACCACUACGUCUUCACCUCCAAGACGGGCCUGUGGAGGACCUACGGCUUCGGCAUCGUGUGCGUGUACAGGGAGGACCUGCUGUCUGUGGGGGGCUUCGACACCUCCAUUCAGGGCUGGGGGCUGGAGGACGUUGACCUCUUCAAUAAGUUCGUCCAGUCAGGCGUGCAGCUGUUCCGCAGCACGGACACAGGGAUCGUACAUGUGCACCAUCCUGUGGUGUGUGACCCCAACCUGGAGCCCAAACAGUACAAGAUGUGCGUGGGCUCACGUGCCUCUUCCCAUGGCUCCACACAGCAGCUGGCCGAGCUCUGGCUAGAGAAGAACCAGGGGGGAUACAGCCACAACGCCUCCAACCGGACACAGGAGCACAGGCUGUGAGCAGGCCUGCACGGGACAAGACUAUCAGAGUGUGAUACAUGCACAGUCCAACAUUCCAUGCUUAUGGUUCUGAGAACUUAAAUAUCAAACAUGUAAUCAGUUAAGCUGCUGUGUCCAAACUGGUCUUAAACACACAAAGAUCCACAUUCCUUUUAAUACUUAACUGUGUGUGUGUAACUGUCCACGCCUGUGAGCUGUGGGGCAGAAGGCUCUGUCUCUGAGCUCUUGUAACACACACAUGGCUGUUCUGCUUUAAGAGCAGUGAGUACAGAGGACUAAGGAUUUUGCACACUCUUUCAUUAUUAGUGCUGCCUUCGUUUUCAAAAGUGUUUUCAUUCAUGAUUCCGAAGCCACCAGCGAAACAGUUUUUUCCAUUGUUCAUUGUCUUUGUUUUUGGGAGAGCAGGUCAAAGUGUGCUAAACUACGGUAUCUCGUGCCAACCUAAACUGUGCAACUCCAAGCUAUCCUUCAUUUCUAUUUAUUUACAACUGUUCUGCUUUUAAAUGUAUUUGUAUAUCUUUUUAUUUAAGAAACACAGAUGGCAUCACUUCCAGUGAAUUCUGAGGGAGCGAGUGUUUGAAAGGUUGACAUUUUGAUAUGAGCUGAUGUUUUAUACUUGCUAUUUUCCAUCAAAAAUCCAUCCAACAGGAGAUCAAAUCAACACAGACGAAUGUAUGGGGAAUCCCAACCAACAGAAUUCCUGACAAAGAAAUGACGUGUGUCUACCUGUCAUAGAAGGUAGCAGUAGGUUUAGUAGGUCCAUGGACACUGGGUGCUGUAAGAGUUGCUCAUAUGUGCCAGAAAUUAGUGGAAUCUAUGCAACGUGGAUGUGAAGCAAACAUGUACAACAUGUUCCAAAUAUCAGAUUCACAGAAAAGCUUGACUUCCCCAAAAAGACACUGUUAUUAUUAAAUACUGGUAUAUAAAAAAUAUCAGCCUCUAAUAGCUUUCUAUUAGAUUUGUAAAUGUUUUUAUGCCAUGCAAAAAAUUUCCAAUUUCCAGGGAUUUGUCAGAUUUGUGUUGGACCUCUACUAUUUUGAAAGGGUUUGGUGGUUUACUGUUGUAUUUUCAUAUCUGACAUAUCAGUGUCGUCAUUUCAUGUCAUCUCAGGCUCAGUUUUUAAUGCAGCCUUAAAACGUUUUAAAACCUACUACCAAUUCCUUCUGUUUUUACCGUUAACUGUCUCUUUUUCUACAGUCACUGUUUAUUUGAACUAUUUUUACUUAUUUCAGUGGGUUUAUUCCAUUUGGGAGGGUAGCUGCAGGGACACUCCAGCUCUGUCACAGGGGCAUGACAUCACUGUGCAUUCACAAUUCAAUAAAAGCUUUAUCCUGAAGCUGUGUCUUUAUUUACUUAAUACUUUAUUUUAGAAAAAUCAGCUUUGUAGGAGACUGGAAUGGCAGUAAAAACAACCCUUACAAAGGGAAUAACUUAAUAUCUUUUGAGAAACGUUUUCACAUAUCCUACAUUUUGAACCAAGAAUGA